UGGUAUUCAUUGCCAUGCCUUGAUUUUACGAUUAUAAAGGAACACUUACUCAUUUUAAAACUCAGUGCUAGACAUUGAUUGGGCCUGCUUUUAAUGAGGCAGUGGAAUGUGUCAGGUUGGUGCAGGUUGGCCAAAAACAAGUCUGAACAAGCAAACAAGUUUGAAAUAUGGACCGUAGUUACAGUAAAGCCUUAUUUUCACUUUCCGAAGAGUCUAACCAGCCUUUUCAGUUCCAGAAAAGAUUAUUAAGCCACAUUAAAGUGAGACUGUGGCUCUGAACGAGUCCACUCUGGCAGCAGGCUGCAUUUACUAAAUAAUGACACGUUGAAUUUCCCUAGAUUUCCCAUGAUUGUCAUGAGUCAGCAGUUUAAUGAUCUUUUAGCAACAACAAUCAUUUCCAAAUAUUCUGAUAAUCAAGUAAUUAUUCAUGAGUCGGUAAUCACAGUCGUUACUGUAUCGUACUGUAAUGUACUAAACGCUCUGUGCUGGUUCUGUUUGUGUAACACUCAGAUGGCCGGCCGGUGCUGGAUGGCUGUAACAGUCUGCCUGUUGCUGUUUGAUGGAAACAGUUUGGCAGAUGUGGACAAGAACCAACUAGCACCAAUUGUAGAUGAGAUCUUGAACAGGUACACACCAAGCUACAAUGGUGGAAGAAGAAACCCAAUGUUCAGCCUGGCAGUAACCAUCCCAUACAACAAAGACACGAAGAUGUAUGACAUCAGUCAACUUGACGAUGGAGGCAGAGUCAGGAGGGAGAUUCUUAAUUGUGAAGUGUACACUGGCACAAGGGUGGUUGCAGCCACGGUUCUGAGAUGGCCUAAUGUUGUGGAUCAGUGUCCUGGUGGACGUGUGCAAUGGCCUGAUGUUCUGAGAAAAUGUCCAGGAGUUAACACAUGGGCUGAUGUUAAGAGCCAGUGUCCUAAUGAAGUUAAGGAGGGUAGAGCAGAUCAUGCAGAGUACCGUACUCUGCAGCACAUUAACACCUUGGUCAAAAAUCUUGAUAAAAAUGAUUUGUUGCUUUUCUACGUUCUUGCUUCCCCAUGUGAUCAAAGAUGUACAAGCGAGUCAAGUAAUUGGAGCAUUCUUAAUAGCAUUAAAGCAAUUCAAAGAUGGCAUAACUACGCUGUUGUGUUUUCCAACAUAUUCCAGCCGCGUAAUGGUCAUGUCAUACCUGACCAGGAUCUACAGGGAGCCCUCCAGCGACUUGGGGGAUCAAUCGGUCUGAGCAACAUAUUCCGUUGCAACCGACAAAGGGCUAUGCAGUGCACAAGCUGCUCUAGUGGUGGACAAGUUGCCCGCUACUGUUUUUCAAAGAAUUCACAACCUUCACUCACAAAACCUCAACAAGGAGUUUCCACGAAUGUUGGCAGUUACAGAGGAGCAGGUCCCAGUGGCAGAGGCAACAUCAGGAAAGUGGGAAAACAUAGUUGGAACACAGGAAUGUAGUGGAUGGGGUAAAGAUAGAAGGAGGCAGGAGGAAAAGGAGGAGGGAGGUUCUCAGGAUACUACGGGAUGAGCUUAAAAUCUUUAAAUCAAUAUAAACAUAUACUGCUAUAUGUCUUAAGUCAAAAGACCCAACAGUUGUUGAUAAUUCAGAAAAUCUUUUACUAUUUGGCUUUACCAUCAAAAACAAUGGAUGUACAGUUUAGACUGUAAAUGCAUAAUUCUUUCUUCUAAACCUGCAGAAGUACUUCAUGGAGCUCGUGCUGCCUUUCUGAGAAAAUGCUUGUUUUUCUUUGUAAAACCAAAUGUGCAUUUUCACCCUGACUUGUAGAUUGAGGAUGAUAAUUUUGUCUAAAACGGAGGAGAGAGGCAGGGUGGUUUCUACUGCCUGUGUAAAAGAGGAACAAUUUUCUACUGCGUGAGACAACACAUAAAAAACGCCUGAGUAUAUAUUUCUAAAUAUUGGUGCAGUGGCAGUAGACAGUGGAAAGAAACAGGCACAUGCAUGUAUGCAUAUUCUCUUUUGUUUCCAGUUCACAGUAAUUUUGUUGUCUCAUUAUGAAACUGAGGCAAAGAAGAAAAAAAUAACAAUAAGGUUAAUGUACUAAUGAUCUGUAGUACUUAUAUAACUGUACUCAAUACUUCUGUAUAUUAAAACUAAAUCAUGUGAUGUUGUGUACUUUCUGAUUAAAGCUUCGCUCAGCAUCCAUUCUGCUCUGUCUGUGUGUCAGUCAUUUGGAAACUCCUGCAUUACAGAACUAUGGUUACCUGUAGUUUGAUUUAAAACUGUGGUUCAACUGUUCAACAAAUUAAGCUGUGUAGUUGUAAUCAGCACUCCAUGUAAAGUGUACCAGUAAAGACAAGAUUACAUCAUACAAUUGAACUUUAACCAAUGUAUAAAACAACUACUUACUCCAAUUAGAGAUGCACAGUCUCAUCUGCCAAUUCUGACUGCUAACAAUACCAAUUUUCUUUCUAAGAACCAUAAUGACUUUGGCUUGUGCUGCCUUUCUGAGAAAAUGCUUGUUUUUGUUUUGAGUGUAAAACCAAGUGUGCAUUAUCAUCAUGACU